AUGGAUCCUGAAGAACUGAUCAUUGGAGGCUUAUGGUAUUCCGGAAAGAGUGUGAUCUAUGUCAGUUAUGUAAUACAUAAGAGUAACCUGCUGGCUGCAUCUAUAGUUGCUUGUUCCAAGAAAGUAAAGGAGGUAAAGGAUACUGUGGUCGAUAAAUUGGGUGGUCUUGGAAAAGAUACGUUUCAUCGAGUGUGUAUCUGCCGGGCCGUGUUAAUUGCGCGAUUGAACAGGGACGUAGUUGGUGGCGACAACCCAAUGAUGUUCGUGGGCUUAUUUUUCUGUGGAGAAAGGGUGGGGUUGAUGUCGUCUGAGCCUGUCACCUUCUGUGCUUGUCGUGGACAGGUUCUAAUGGGUUAUUUGUUGAUCAUAUUGGACAAGCGAAGCUUGGGCGACGUUCCAGGAGUUCAGGAUGUUGUUAAACUGCGAUUGGAACAUUAA